CUCACAUUCCUUUGGCCGGUACCAACUACGUUUUUGCCGUUACCCUGGUUUUGGUAAACGAGAGUCUCUACGACCAUUUUUCUCGCAGUACUAGACACACCGUACAGUUAAGACAGGGUCUAUAAUCCAUAAUGGCUCCAUCCACGCGACCGGAGCACCACAUCAACCUCAACUACCUCCCCCAGCUCACCUCGCAGCCGCCCCGCUCGGGCUCCUCGACGGGAACAACCUCGCCCAUCGAGCCUCCCUCGAGCGGCUCCAUCCGCUUCCCAGUCCCCACUGCCAAUACCUCGAACGGACUGGGAAAUGCAGCUGCCACCGUGAGGCUGGGCGCAGGAUCCCCUUCGCAUGAAUUUGGUGGCAGAUUGUACUCCAAACGGGCUCGUGAGAUCCAAGCUCAAGAAGGGCUGACUCCGCAAAUGUGGGGACCUCCCACAAGUGGCAACUCGACGCCGCUGCGUGAGACCAUCCCCGAGUCGCCAAACGGUGAAAGCUUCCCCGACUUCAAUCAAGCUCUGCCAGAGACCACGUCAUCCACCCAGACAACUACCCGACGAGCCCGUGCUGGGACUCUUCCUUCACGAUUCUCACCCUCUGCUGCCUCUGGGGGACUGAUGCCAUCGUCUGCGCUCCUUCCCAAGACAUCUCGUCCCACUCCAUCUACGAGUCCCUUCAAGCCUGGCCCUGGAACCCCGACUGAGAGUGCUGGCUUCAGCGCUGCUAAUGCCAACGCAGCAGCCAAGUCAGCGCUGCUCUCGCGACUGCGGGCUGGCUCAAUGCCUCAACGAACCGGCUUUCUUCCUCCAUCUACCUCUCCCUUCGGCAAUUCUAUCUUUUCCGCCGGCUGGGCUAGCAACCGUGACCGGAGCAGCACUCUUCAAAGCAUCCAGUCCCAGCCCUCGAACGGGCCCACCUCGCCUCAAUCCGCAUUUUCGCGGGAUUCCCUUGCUGAUACCGAUGUGAGGACUCUCGAUUAUCUUGGCCUUGUAGAUACCCCUCAGCCUGCCCGUGCCACACUCGCUCCAUCUGACAUUGAACUGCUUUUGGAAGGCCAGAGGAAUGCAUUCAACCAGAAUCUAACCAGCAGCGCCAACCGCUUCCGAUCGUACUCGGUCAAUGCCAAAGAAAAGUAUGCCGACGAAGAGGAUGAGCUCGACCAGGCUGCCUACGCCGCCAACUACAGUGGCACCCUAACCCCCACGGCCGAUGCUCAGGCCUAUGCCAUUCAUGAAGCCGUCCGACAACACAACCUGGAAGUCCAGGCGUUUGCCAAUUUUGCCAGUGCUACUCGCCCACGUGCGAGGACUGCCGGUGUGCUUGACUCCCCAUCAACACGGUUGAUGCGAAACUACCUGCCUACUCCUUCUCGCCUCGAUAAUAGUCUCACAGUAGGCGAUUUGACAGAGGAUGCGGAGUACAGCUUGGCCGAGGCUGUCAAGAGCUUGCAGCUCAACGGCAAGCCGAGUUCUAACCUUGGUGAUGAUAACACCUUGGAAGGCCCAACCCGUGCCCUCUGGCUUGGCAACAUCCCAUCCUCCACUACGGUCUCCUCUCUGAACGUUAUCUUCAGUGCGUAUGGGCCUAUCGAGUCAACAAGGGUUCUCACACACAAGAACUGCGGAUUUGUCAAUUUUGAGAAUCUUGACAGCGCCAUCCAAGCGAAGUCGCAGCUUAAUGGCAAAGAAAUCUUUCCUGGAGCUGGACCAGUCCGCAUUGGCUACGCAAAAGUCCCAAGUGCCGCAGCAACGCCCGGACACAACGGCCUCUUCCCUUCGCCAAGCCCAGACCCACUCGCAAAAUCUCAGGGCGAAGGUAACAAUGUGUCAGCCAGCAAUGUGAAAGCAAAUGGUAGCCGAGCCGAGAGUGUCAGUGCGCCUCUAACUACCCCAGAGCUACCCGACAUUCGUGCAGAUAUCGUCCAGAUCGUAAAAGAUCUCGGUGCGACGGACGAUGAGCAGGGGAGGAUUGCUGGACAAGUAGAACAGGCCAUCCAGAACAACAACUACUUUGAUGAGAUUCCCCCUGUUGAGGAGCCUAGCCACAGCCGCGUGCACGAUGCCCCACGACUUCGCGAGAUCCGGAAGCGAAUUGACAACAAUUCGUGCUCUCAGCCUGAGAUUGAAGAGAUUGCCAUGAAUAUGUUGCCCGAGAUUGCCGAACUGUCCUCCGACUACCUCGGAAACACAGUAGUGCAGAAACUUUUUGAAUACUGUUCUGAGCCUACCAAGGAGGCCAUGUUGCGGGAAAUUGCACCCCAUCUUGCCAAAAUCGGUAUUCACAAGAACGGCACUUGGGCGGCUCAGAAGAUCAUCGAUGUUGCUAGGACUCCUGCCUUACAGAAGAUGAUUGUUGAUGCUCUUCGACCAUACGCUAUGGCCCUAUUCCUCGAUCAGUUCGGAAAUUACGUUAUGCAAGGAUGCUUGCGUUACUCGGCACCGCUCAAUAACUUCAUCUUCGAGGUUAUGCUCAGCCGUCUAUGGGAUCUCGCUCAGGGUCGAUUUGGUGCUCGAGCCAUGCGUGCUUGCCUGGAGAGUCACUAUGCCACCAAGGAUCAACAACGUAUGGUCGCAGCUACAAUUGCCCUCCACAGCGUUCAGCUUGCCACCAACGCAAACGGCGCUUUGCUGUUGACAUGGUUCCUUGACACUUGCACCUUUCCCAGGAGGCGCACAGUUUUGGCCCCUCGACUUGUUCCUCACCUUGUUCACCUAUGCACUCACAAAGUUGCCUAUUUAACGGUUCUCAAGAUCAUCAAUCAGAGAAAUGAGCCGGAAGCCCGCGACACUGUUCUUCAGGCCUUGUUUUUCUCACCAAAUGACCAAGUUUUGGAAGAUAUCCUUGUUGACCAGAACUGUGGCGCCACUUUGAUCUUCAAGGUGUUGACGACUCCGUUCUUCGAUGAGAAGAUCCGUGCAGAUGUCGUUCAAAAUGUUCGCAAUGUUUUGGUCCGCAUCAAAGCCCAGCCCGCUCAAGGCUACAAGCGAUUGAUGGACGAGGUCAACCUCUCCACCCGUGGGGGAGGUCCAGGACACAGUGGGCAUCGGGAUCAUUCUGCGACCCGGCCUGGCUCAAAGGACAGCCCAGCCAAUUCCCACGCCGACCCCGCUGGCAGGCAAUUUUACCCAGGUGUCGCCCCUGGUGGCUUUGACCCAGUCGCUCUUCAACGGACUGGGAGCAUGGACUCUAAUGGCUUUGAGCAGUUUCCCUUAGGCGUCAGCGCUCCUAUGUUUAUACCAAACAUGCCGAUUUCUGCAACCCCUCAACAGCUUCAAUAUCAGCAACUUCUUGCAGCGUCAAGGUCGAGUCCUUUUUACCCACAGAUGAAUGGAUUUCAGACCCCGGUAUCUAGUAUGGAUGCUUUCCGAAAUGGCUCGCCUGUUGCUGCUCCAGGUUUUACCGGAUCACCAAUGCUCCAGCCCGCCACUUUGGGACAAGGAAUAGGACAAGCAAUGGGUGCCCAAAUGUAUCCCUACGGGAUGUAUGUUCCACAACAACAGCAGCAAGUCGCUUCAGGCGGGCAGCGACGUGGAAGGAGAUAAACAACUCAUUUCAACUUGACUGGCUUUAAAUGGCAUUCCUUGAGUGAAUUCUGCCAUUUGCGUCCUGUUUGUGAAUUCUACUCACACCUAUCGUCAUGUGAGAUGCAAGUGUGCAGCAGCGAAACCUGCUUUAGGAGAAAGUUGUAGGGCUAGUUUACUUUUCGGUUGUGUUGCAUUCCAGAAAUAGUAGCGUCAGGACCCGAUCAUGCGUUCAAAAACAUUUUCUAUCAUC